CAUACACAGCUGGUUACGGCCUGGCCAGGACCUGAGCCCAGAGCCCUGGAUGUCCAGGCUGAUGAUUGCUCUGUACAUUGAGCUGUGAAAUUCCCACCCCCAUGACGAUCUUUGGAAAGCCGCCUGUCCUGCCUCCCAUCCAGAAGUGGAAGGGAUUCUCCCUGUGUACAUGUCAAGAAAAAUCCUUCCUGGUCUUGCACGGAAACCUUUUGAAAUGGCUUCUGACAUACCUGGCUCAGUGACGUUGCCCGUUGCCCCCAUGGCGGCCUCUGGACAGGUGAGGAUGGCUGGGGCCAUGCCUGCCCGAGGAGGAAAGCGGCGUUCCGGAAUGGAUUUCGAUGAUGAAGAUGGUGAAGGGCCAAGUAAAUUUUCAAGAGAGAAUCACAGUGAGAUAGAGCGGCGCAGGCGGAACAAGAUGACCCAGUACAUCACGGAGCUCUCAGACAUGGUCCCCACCUGCAGCGCACUGGCCCGGAAGCCAGACAAGCUCACCAUCCUGCGCAUGGCUGUCUCGCACAUGAAGUCCAUGAGGGGUACAGGGAACAAGUCCACGGACGGCGCCUACAAGCCUUCCUUCCUCACCGAGCAGGAGCUGAAGCACCUCAUCCUGGAAGCUGCUGAUGGAUUUCUGUUUGUUGUGGCAGCUGAGACAGGGAGAGUGAUCUACGUAUCUGAUUCGGUCACGCCUGUUCUAAACCAGCCCCAGUCGGAGUGGUUCGGAAGCACCCUGUAUGAGCAGGUGCACCCUGAUGAUGUGGAGAAGCUGAGAGAGCAGCUGUGCACCUCGGAAAACUCGAUGACAGGGCGGAUCCUGGACCUGAAGACGGGUACAGUUAAGAAAGAGGGGCAGCAGUCGUCCAUGAGAAUGUGCAUGGGCUCACGGCGCUCUUUCAUCUGCAGGAUGAGGUGUGGAAAUGCUCCUCUGGACCACCUUCCUCUAAACAGAAUAACCACCAUGAGGAAAAGGUUCAGGAAUGGCCUUGGCCCUGUGAAAGAAGGUGAAGCCCAAUAUGCCGUGGUCCACUGCACAGGAUACAUCAAGGCCUGGCCACCUGCAGGAAUGACGAUACCUGAAGAAGACGCUGAUGUGGGACAAGGCAGUAAAUAUUGCCUGGUGGCCAUUGGGAGACUCCAGGUGACCAGCUCCCCCGUGUGCAUGGACAUGAAUGGGAUGUCGGUGCCCACGGAGUUCCUGUCCCGGCACAACUCCGAUGGAAUCAUCACAUUCGUGGACCCGAGGUGCAUCAGUGUGAUCGGCUAUCAGCCCCAGGACCUUCUGGGAAAGGACAUUUUGGAAUUCUGCCACCCAGAGGAUCAGAGCCACCUGCGGGAGAGCUUUCAGCAGGUGGUGAAGCUGAAGGGCCAAGUGCUGUCGGUCAUGUAUCGAUUCCGCACCAAGAACCGGGAGUGGGUGCUGAUCCGCACUAGCAGCUUCACCUUCCAGAACCCCUACUCCGACGAGAUCGAGUACAUCAUCUGCACUAACACCAAUGUCAAGCAGCUGCAGCAGCAGCAGGCAGAGCUGGAGGUGCACCAGAGAGACGGGCUGUCCUCCUAUGACUUGUCUCAGGUCCCAGUCCCCAACCUACCUGCUGGUGUUCAUGAGGCUGGGAAGUCGGUGGAAAAGGCAGAUGCAAUCUUCUCCCAGGAGAGAGACCCCCGGUUUGCUGAGAUGUUUGCAGGAAUCAGUACGUCGGAGAAGAAGAUGAUGAGCUCUGCCUCGGCAGCAGGAGCCCAGCAGAUCUAUUCCCAGGGAAGCCCGUUCCCUCCUGGACACUCUGGAAAGGCCUUCAGCUCUUCAGUGGUUCAUGUGCCUGGGGUGAACGACAUUCAGUCCUCCUCAUCGACGGGCCAGAACAUGUCCCAGAUCUCCCGGCAGCUAAGCCAGAGUCAGGCUGCAUGGACAGGGAGCCGUCCGCCCUUCCCGGGACAGUCCAGUAAGACCCAGUCAUCUCCCUUUGGAAUUGGAACGAGCCACACCUACCCGGCAGACCCGGCUUCCUACAGUCCUCUCUCCAGCCCGGCCACCUCCUCGCCGAGUGGCAACGCCUACUCCAGUCUUGCCAACAGGACUCCAGGGUUCGCUGAGAGUGGACAGAGCAGCGGGCAGUUCCAGGGGCGGCCCUCUGAGGUCUGGUCACAGUGGCAGAGCCAGCACCACGGGCAGCAGAGCGGUGAGCAGCACCCCCACCAGCAGCCCGGCCAGACUGAAGUGUUCCAGGACAUGCUGCCCAUGCCAGGAGACCCGACCCAGGGGACUGGCAACUAUAACAUCGAGGACUUUGCCGACCUAGGCAUGUUCCCGCCCUUUUCUGAGUAGCUGUGGGGCAGAGCGAGGCUCCCCUGGACAGAGCCACUGCGCUGCAACAUCAGCACCCAGCUUGCCCUGCCACGGGACCCCAUCGCAGUGCCCCUCCCCCUGCACUCCCCCAGGCAUGGCACUGUUCAGCUUUCACCGCAGCUGUGGCUUCUCUGUUGCUACUGACCAAGGCCCUGCUGGGUGUCUGGGGCUUGGUUGUAUUUAUUGUAUUUUAUCUGUGUGUGCUCUCCGGCCCUCAGACUCAGCCACAAAUAUCCCCUCGGUAGGCGGUGUGCACCGUGAGAAGUUCAUCUGAUGCCCAGAGCAGCAGCAGCCGCCCUCCUGGGAUGCCGGAAUCUGGCUUGCGCUUGCUUUUCACAGCUGCUGGCUGGUGGCCAGGGGUGGGCAAGGGGCAGGCAGGGGCAGGGCCUUUUGUCACGCCCUGGAGCUGAGGAGCCUGGGAGGCCCACUGCCCGCUGCUGUGCCAGUGGGCCCAUUGUGAUGUGGGUGUUUGUGCUUUGUGUGGUGAGACGUGAACUGUCCGUCCUGAUGGGUGUGUUGUGCCUUGUGUCUGUCAUGUGUGGCCCGAGCGUGUGUGUAGAAUCCAGACCGCAGUGAGUGUGAGCGCCAGGAUGCACAGCCCCUGCCCCUGUCCUCACUGAGGAUACUGGCGCAAGGCUGGCAGGGAGGCAGCUGACAGGCUGGCCCUUCCACGGUGUCACCAGGAGCUGAGGCUGGGGACCUGCUCACUGAGAGGGGUCAGUUGUUCAGUCUAGGCCCCUGCUUUGGGUCCAAGCUCCUCCAUGCAGAGGAAGCAGCCCUUUCCCCAUCUCAGAGCCCAGGGGUCAUCUCAGAGCCCUUUCCCCAUCUCAGAGCCUGGGGGUCACUGUCUUCUCUCACCAACGGCAGAGACAGGAUGCCUGGUAUCCUGGGCUGUGCCCUGGACUGGGUGGGGGCAGCUUCUGUGUGGAGCUGAUGCCCUGAUGCCCUGAUGCCCCGUCCCCCAGAGGGAUACAGUGCAGGUCUGCGAGGCAGAGGACCUGGCUCUGGCUCUGCUUGCAGCUCUGCUCCUGCCACACAACUGCCCAGGCCCUGAGUUCUCAGCGGUCUCAAGACAGGAGCACCGGCUGACUUCCAGACACCUCUGCCUGCUGCCUGCUGAGCCCAAAGGCCCUGGCUGCAGUGUUUCGUUUUCACGGGCUCUGCUAUCUCCGCUUCCCUCAUUUGCUUCUUUUCCCACCAGUCACCUCAUUCUCGCACAUCACCCCUCAGCCCACUGAUGCCCACGUGGGAGAGGGGCCACCCUUGGAAAAGCCCUGGGGUACUCCCAGAGCCCCUGCGGACGCUGCACAGUACUGUGUCCCUGCCCACGGGUCCCUGAGGUUGGGGAAUGAGUGAGUAGAGGAAGCCCCAGGUGCAGGUAGGAGCUCUGCCUGGUGUCUGGCCCCUGAGCUGUCAAAAGCCAGCCUUCCUCCCAGCAGGAUGCCCUGCCCCAGCACCUGGCCUUGUGUGGUCCGGGGUCUGAGACCGGCCGAACCUGGCGCUGCAGUCUCUAGAGCAGCUGUUAGCCCUGGUGUAGACAGCGGUGACUGGGACCUGAGUGUAGAUGCUCGUGUUUGCUCCAUCCUCAAGUCUCUUGCUACUGGGGAAAUGGAGUCACCACAGGCAGCCCCAGCUCAGGCUCCUGGUGCUACCUGGGGCCAUCUCAGUGCCCAGCAGCCUUGGGCUUGCUGUGGGCAGUGAGCGUCAUCCUCCCCCCAAAAAGGCACAAAAAUAACCUUUGGAGCAAAGAAAUAUUCUCAAUGAGAGGGAAAUAGACUUCAUGUGGCCUUCAGCUUGUGAGUAUGGAGGUUCAUUUUUGCCCUCUGUAUGGUAGAGGACAGUUGGGCGACACCAGAGAGCAGCCGACUCUGCUGCUGCCCUGCUGGUCCCUGCUGAACCUGAGGGAUCCGUAGCCAGCAAAGAGGACCCGCUCUGGCCACCGCCCUCCUGUGCCUCUGACCUCAGCAGGACUUCAGGGUGCCUGGGCCGGGAUUUGUAGCCCGAGGAGAGCUAUGGCCCCUGAGGCCGACCUCCUCCUUCCCCACCUUGUUCUGGGAGCAGGGCAGCAGCUGUUGGGGUCUGAUGGCAGGUGUGAGCCCUGUGUCUUUUCUAUCUCCCACUCUGCAUUUUGUGGUGAUUCUCAGAAGCUGUCCUGUAGCCAGUAAGAAAGUAGACAAGGGGUGACAGGGAGCAGUCCAGGGCUGGGCAGAGCCCACAGGGGGCACUGAGACACAAGGGGGAAGAGCAUAGCCCUGAACUGCAGGCUUGGUGUCCUGGUUUGGAAAGAACCCCCCACACCAUCCUGCUGGCCCAGGAGGCCAGGUCCUCUCCUGCGAAGAACAGGUCAUUGCCAGCGGGGAGGGGAGGCUCCUGGCUUCCUGUAGCAGUGAGGCGCUUCUGUGCUCCUGGAUGUGCCCAGGUUCUUCUCAGGCUGAGGGCUGCACCAUGGCUGUCAUCAGCGAGGACACAUUGAGGUGCCACCAGGACUGGCCAGGGAUGGUGACAGUGGCUGGGGUGAUUCUAGAACAUGCUGUCUGCAUGUCCCUGUGCCCUGGCUCUGUUGUUAGCUCUGUUCAGGGGGUGAGAAGCCAUGACAGGAGCCAAGUUCUCCUCCACUUCCCAACACAUCAGGUUCAGCCCUGUGGUUUUUUCAUGAAGAGAGAACAGUGCAGAGUGGGGUGUACCAGGUCCUAAUAGAGCUUACACUGGGACGCUUAGGUCUGCUGUGUCAGUAUGUUAACUGUGCGUCUCCAGGUUAGCCCUGCUUGCGGGUAUCAGUGCUCCAACCAACCUGGCACAGGAGGAGGCAGGCCCCAGGCAGCUAGGAGGCUCGCUGUCCUGCACACCAGGAACAGCCGUGAGCUGUGCAAGGCCAUGCAUGCUCACCCAACGGGGCCAUCUGCUCAUAACAGUUACUGUCUGUCACUUAAACGGGAACCAGCCAGGUGGCUGGUGAUAGAAUUGAUGCGCUCUUUGUAUGACUAGAAAGGGAGCUGGGUAGGAUGUCGCUGGGUCCAGCUGCCAGGGGUCCAGCUUCCCCGUCCCUACGGGAUCCCAUGCACCAGGGUCCAUAAGCACCUUCUGUCUGUCUUCGCUGCCCCCUGGGCUACAGGGGACCUGGUAGGUUACUACACAGGGCAUGUGCACAUUUUCACGCUUCGCACGCCUGGGUCUUAUGGCUGGAGCUGCUUUAUGGUCCAGCAACCAGCCAAAGCCCAGGGGGCACCAACUAGCAAAGCCGAGGCUUGACAGGCUGGGCAGAAGCAGAGUAGCUUGCUUCAUCUAACAAUCGGUUUUCUUAAAGAAAAGAAAAAGAGCUCACAAGCAGGCCUCAGUGGACAACAAGCACUUAGUCAUCUCUCUCUUAACCCUUCUUCUUAUGGAUGUGAACUGUGCUGUGGAUAAAUCAUUUGUAUUUCUUGAAUGUUCUCCCUGACUAACAGUUAUUAAGUCGCUGUGUAUAUGUGUAACUAAUGUAACUGCCUCUGAAAUUUUCAUUACAAUAAAAAUGACUUUGCCCUGCA